UCAGCGGGCGCGGCGCUGCGAUGGAGCGGCGAGCGGCAGCGGCGGCCGCCAGGAGGGGAGAAAGAGGAGGAGGAGGAGGAAGGGAGAGAUUAGCGCGGUGCUGGCUGGCGCAGAGACGCGGCUGAGCGCUCCAGCGGGAGCCCGGGGCCCUGCGGACCGUGCGAGAGGCAGAGGCGGAAGGAGCGGAGAUGCGGCCGCUCUCCCCGCGUUGCUGAAGCUCCCGGUGACCCGCCCGGGGGAGGGAGGCCGGGAAGGUCCGUCCUUCUCACUGCUCUGCGGGCACAAAGGGUGCCUGUGCAGUCCCCUCCUCUUGGUUUUACCCAGCCCCGGAGCAGGAGCCGCCGCCGCCCCCUAUCCCUUCCUGCGCUCUUCCCACCAUGAGCGGGGCUGUUUUCACCUUAUAAAGAUGGCGGUGUGGGAUCGCUGCAACCUUUAGACUAAUGACUGUCAGAAACAUCGCCUCCAUCUGUAAUAUGGUUCUUCAAGAGCAGCUACACGCAGUUGCCAGCUUCCCUCCAUGUGGUGCCCCAGCAUGCCUUGUGCUGGUGAUGCCACACAUACCAUUCAUCUGCCCUGGAGAAUGGAGCCUACCUCUAGGGGCACCAAUGCCUCUGCUCUGGAAAAAGACAUUGGCCCAGAGCAGUUUCCAAUCAAUGAACACUACUUCGGACUGGUUAAUUUUGGGAACACCUGCUACUGUAACUCCGUGCUGCAGGCAUUAUAUUUUUGCCGGCCAUUUCGGGAAAAUGUAUUAUCGUACAAGGCCCAACAGAAAAAGAAAGAAAAUCUCUUGACUUGUCUGGCAGAUCUUUUCCACAGUAUUGCUACUCAGAAGAAAAAAGUUGGAGUUAUUCCACCAAAAAAGUUCAUAUCAAGGUUACGAAAAGAGAACGAUCUCUUUGACAACUACAUGCAGCAGGAUGCACAUGAGUUUUUAAACUACCUGCUCAACACCAUUGCAGACAUUUUGCAGGAGGAGAAAAAGCAGGAAAAGCAAAAUGGGAAACUGAAAAAUGGCAACAUGAAUGAAGCUGAAGAAAACAAUAAACAAGAACUCACCUGGGUGCAUGAGAUUUUUCAGGGAACACUGACUAACGAAACUAGAUGUUUGAACUGUGAAACCGUUAGUAGCAAAGAUGAAGAUUUUCUUGACCUUUCUGUUGAUGUGGAGCAGAACACAUCGAUUACACACUGUCUAAGAGACUUCAGUAACACAGAGACAUUAUGUAGUGAACAGAAAUACUACUGUGAAACUUGCUGCAGUAAACAAGAGGCACAGAAGAGGAUGAGAGUAAAAAAACUGCCAAUGAUUCUUGCCUUACACCUCAAGAGAUUCAAGUAUAUGGAGCAAUUGCACAGGUAUACUAAGCUGUCUUAUCGUGUAGUAUUUCCUCUGGAGUUACGUCUCUUCAACACAUCUGGCGAUGCUGUCAACUUAGAUCGGAUGUACGACUUGGUAGCUGUUGUUGUUCACUGUGGAAGUGGACCGAAUCGGGGACAUUAUAUUACUAUUGUGAAAAGUCAUGGAUUUUGGCUCUUGUUUGAUGAUGACAUUGUAGAGAAAAUAGAUGCUCAAGCUAUUGAAGAAUUCUAUGGUCUGACAUCUGAUAUAUCAAAAAAUUCGGAGUCUGGCUAUAUUUUAUUCUAUCAGUCAAGAGAGUGACUUGGCAAACUGUGAUAAUUGGGCACAAUGAUGCUGCACACAAAAGAAGAUGAUGGCUCCCCUGAACUGACUUUUACACAGACCACAUCUGGAAUGGUUGAACAAUGAUACACUCUGUCUCCUACUAAAUGGUCUAUGUGAUAUUGACUAUAACCAUCCAUUUUUGACAUGCAGAACUUUGUUUAAAGGGGGGGGCUGUUUGUAGUUUUUAAGUCUGAUUGAAGAGCUAAUUGCAGUCAGAUUUUAGUGGAAUUUAUAUGGACUAACAUUUACAGAUAAUAAGAUUUGGAUGUCAACUGUUAAACCCAAUCCAGCUAGAGUAGUAUUUUAUAUGGAAGUGUUCAUUACAUUUAGAGCAAAAUUAUUUAAAACUUUCUAAAUGGUUUUGGGGUGUGUUGAUUUACAAAACAUUCCUUGAAAUACUUCCUGACAUAUACUUAUCCAUUUUAAGUGUAAGGAAAAAUAUCUAUUUCACGAUGAUUGGAGUUGUAAUUGUAAGGGGAUUUUUUUUACAUGUUACUCUGCUGCAGAAAAGCUAUUCUUCCAAAAUCAUUUAAACUUUGGAUUGUUUAAACUUUCAGUGUGUAACCUCAGGCCUAAAAUUCACAUAGAGGGAUUUAAAUUACACUGGAACUAAGUAAUUCUCUAUGUUCAGUCACUUUGUUUAUUGUGAGAUAGUACAGAUGAGGUGACAUUCAGAACUUACAGAGUAUUGGAAUAAAGGGAGUGAGAUGACAUACAUGAUACAGAGAUAAAUUACAUUUAUAGAGAUUGAGCUUACCUUUUUUGUUAAAAUUAUAGCAUAGAUUGUUUACUUAAUUGAGUUUGCAAAGAUUGCAACACGCUCACGCUAUAAAAUAUCCAUCAGGAUUGAAAUCACACAGUCCAUUUAAAUAAGCACUUGUUUGUACAUAAGACACAGCUUUAUCCUGCAAUUUUCUGAACAUCUGUAGGUCCCAUUUUCAUAUCUCAAGACAGAGUCCAUUUCUUAGAAAUAUAAUACAUAACAACUGCUAGUUUACAUACUAUCAUGUAUAUAUCAUCUCUAACAUUUUGGUCAUGUUUGACAACAUUUUAUCACCACAGAAACAGAUAGGGCUCUGGCAUGUUGAUUUCAAAAACAUCAGAAAGCUUAGUACAAAAGGCUUGGUUUGUGAUUUUACUGGGUGAAUUUGGCUGGCACUAGUCAUGCACUGGCUAAUAAAAUUUUGGAACUCGUAUACUGGAAUUUGGCAAAGAAUGAAUGUAGAAGAAAGUAUCAGUAGGGUAUGAGAAGGGAUCAGUAAUGGCUUUAGUCAGUGGUAACACUGGGUAACUACCUUGCUCACUCUGGCACUUUCAUUCCAUUAUACAAUUCUUGAACUUCAGUAGCCAAAGUCCUAUUCCAAUGAUGUCAACAGCAAAAACACUCUUCUUGUCUUCAUGGGGAAUGACAGUUGGUUCUAAUAUUUAUAGGAAAAUAUUCUCAUCUCACAAAACUUAUUUCUACCUGUUAUAUUUCAUUCAGUCAUUAUGUAUUUAUUAGACAAUUUUGCUUUUGGUCCUUUUCUUUAAGAAGCCUGCCUGCCACUUUAUGGCUGACACUCCAUUUCAAGAAAUGGCUUUUAAAGUGCAGCUACAUCUCAUAUUUUAGUGUUCUGCAGGAAAGAGAAUAACUUUUUUCAUUGUACUCUACUGUGAAUGUGAAAUAUCUUUUGUUAAAUAAUGGUGAAAAUGAAGUAAUAGUUUCUACAGUAACAUCAUUGGAAGUUCAGUUGGAUUUACCAAUGGACAUUUUGUAAACUAAGGCAACGUAGCACUUUACACAGUGAGAAACAGAAGCGGACUUUUCAGCUAACAUUAUUUGUGAUUUAUCAUGUUAUUUUAUUGAUGUAAGAAAACAGACAUAGAACGUAACCUUGGAGUACUUUGGUGAAUAAUAGUAGUGGUCUACAGAGAUCACUCACAUGAAUGAAGGCUUGCAUGCAGGCUCAAGACAAGCAUAGUUGGGAUGCAGCUCUUGUUCUUUUAUUGAUGUUAGAAUGAAAUGUUCUGUCUCUAACACAGAAGACAGACCUCUUACAGGAGACUUCAACUGAGGGCCAGGAGCUUUUCCUCUGAAAAGCUAAACCUGCAAGUCCCUCUUUCAUGGAUUUAUUUAUAAGCAUUUAGAAUUUCCAUAUAAAAAUAUAAUUAUCACUUGCCUCUUAAAAUGGGUAAGGUUUCCUCACUGUAAAUGAAGUCACUUUCUAGAUCAGCACCAACCAGUGCUGGUCCAAAGAUCUGUACUUCGCAGUUUACUGCUGAACUUUCUUAAGGCAUUCUUUAGUUUUAAAACAAGCAACAAAACAGAUAUUCUUAGGGUAUCAUUUGAAUCUUCAGGGCUCAUGUUUAUAUGAAAAGUAAUUUUUCUUAAAAAUCAUUUUUAAAGCGGUUCAAUUUUAGGAAACAUUUUCCGUAUUUCAAUUGACUUAAGUGAAAAUUGAUUUUUUAAAUGUUAAUAGUAUGGAUUAAUAUUUAAAUGCUAAAGUACAGAAUAAUAAUCUUUGAGUUUCUUCAGCUGCAAGACAGCUUUAGACUGUAAAACAUACAGAUCGUUGCAGUACAUUAUUGAGAGUAAAAUUACUAGAAUAAGCAUUUUAAAUUCCUGCUAGCUCUUGAGAAGAUCGCAGCAAUGCUAUCACAUCAGUCUGACAUUAGCUCUGAAAAAUUAUGGAAUACAUGCUCUAUGCUAACACGAGCUAAACAAAGGAGCAUUUUAUUUGGAUUUUUAAAAAAUUGCAGUCACAAUUCUCUAAAUUGGUUCCAAUCUACAGUGUGCUGAAUGUUUUGACUUCAGUCCAGCAAAAGCUGUCCAUCACAGCUGUAUGAAUAGUGCCAGUCUAGGCAGAGGAACACUUCUCUGUCAAAUUAAGUACAUUCACACAAGUUUUGCAGGAUUGGGAUCCCCACAGGAAUAAUCAUAUGAUGUAAAGUACUUUAGUUGAUUAAAUAAUUUAUAACCUUUUUUCUCUUAUGAUUAUGCAUAGAUUUCCAGUCCCUUAUGAAGGAAUGGAAAAAUACCUAAGACAAUAAAAGCUUUUCAGCUAGCAGCUAGCAGCCAGGAAACAAAAUGCUAGCACAGAUGUCUAAUAGUAUUCUGUGCUUCCCUAAAAUUACUUUAUUUUAUGGUGUCAAAGUAUUUUAGGCCUAACAACAAUUGAAGUUUUCCACUUGUUUCACAUGCUGUUGCUAAGAUGCAUUGUCCAUUUAUAAAUCUUAUUAGUAUGUUCUUACUUAGGAAAAAGAACAUUUUUGUCUUGUGCAAUUUUUCCACUGAACCCAGUGAACCACUGCGGUGCUGAUCAGUUAUCUUAGAGGAUGAGCUCAGAACUCAACUUUUAUGUUUCCCAGAACACGCUGCCAGGAUUUUAUGUAAUUUCUGCUUUGGGGACAAAGCAGAAGGAGGCAGAAGAAGGGAGUGAUGGAAAAGAUAUACCAAUGAAACAGAACACCUUUUUGAAAUUAAGUCCCAGAAUUACUCCUCUUAAUUUAUUGUAAUAAUUUACUUAUCUGCGAGUACUAGAUUAUGUAUUGAAAGUCUUGUCCCUCUAGCAGUUGGAGAAGAGAAAAUAAAGCAGUAGGAGUUUCCUUCAUAUCAGAUUUAAUAAAGCUAUUAAAGACCUAACAAAAUGAAACUGAAAUUCACAUAACAUGAUGGGUCCUAAACUGCUACCACAAGUUGUCUUUUAUCUUCAGACAUUACAUUUCAUUCACUCAUCUAUUACAGCAUCAUGUACUUGGCAUCUGAGCUGACGACUUGCUGCUGACAGGUUUGAAAAGUUUGAUGCCUCUCAGCAGCAGAUCCCUUCUUGUUUUGUCUCUUUUUUGCUGCAUGUGGCUGACAGGUCUGAGCAGCGUCUUACAGCUGAAUGAAUAUUAGAAAUUUUAACAAGUUUUGGCUGUGUACCUAUUCUUUGCUAGUACCUUUUACCAGUGUUUGUUUUAAUUUAUUUUUCUUUUUUUUUGGUCUGUUAUUGUAUUUGUAUAAUAACUUCUGUGGUUAAUAUAAUCUGUUUUGUUUAAAUUUUUAUGUACUUUAGUUUUUUAAAAUAUAAUCAACCGAAGCACUUUAAGCAACAAUGUCAAUCUUGUGAAAUUCCAAUCAGCUUAAUAUUUUGCCUUUGUGUUAUUGUUUUCGCAGCUGUUUGUUUGUGAUCCAAUGUCUCUAGUUACAACCCAGUUACCAUUUUUAGGCUUGUAGUGUGAGUUGCAUUGUAAAUUUGAGAAGCCUAAGUAUUUUCAUACAUACUUAUUCAUACUUAACAAGGACGCAGUAUUUACUAUGUGUGUGCUACACAGAGCAGUAUGUACCUGAUGAGCUGCACUCACAGUGCACUUUUUACAGCCUUUUUUGCAUUCUGCCUGCUAACCCAUCUGAUAAUGACUGUGGUACUUUAAUCUGUGAUGCAGUUAUCAAUGACUAGAAUUUAGAAAAGCUCAAAUUCUCGCAGGAGAAUUGUCAUUUACCAAACACAGAGUUAGCUGUCGGUCCACUGAUGAUACAGGUAUUGCUCUCUUUGCCAUUUUGUCAGUGGCCUGUACAAUCUCAAGUAAGAAUAAUCUUAAAGGCCACAUUUAUUCCUGGCCCUUGUGUGAGUUCUGACAAGGAGAGCAAUCUUUCUGCAUCUUUCUUCUCUCCACUUGGGCCCAUAUAAAGCAAAGAGAUAAGGAAGUAAGAUAAGUGCUCAUUAUGGUAAAAUAAUGUUUUUUAGAGGAAAACUUCUGUAGUGUCCAUAUGAGAAAGUCACUGAUUUUCUGUAUUGUUAAUACAAGGGUAAUUCCUAGUGCUUUAGGUGUUGUAUUCUCUUUGUUCAAUGAAAAGACCAGGGCUUUUUGCUGUUGCAUCAGUUCUGAUACUGAGGUGUUUCUUCUCAAUUUACAAUGGCACUUACUAUGUAAAUAGUCUUUGGCAAGCCUCAACAGACACCCUUUUAAUUUCUUUUCAGUUAACACACAUUACUUCAAAGAGAUUGCUUGAACCUUUCUAUAAGAUUUAUUUCAAUAACACACUCCUUUUGCAUACAGAGUCAAAUAACACCUAUCAGCCAGUAUGUGCCCACCUGGCGGGACCAUCUGGGCUAAACCCACACCAUUUUACAUACUAAUGAUUCUUUACUCCCCCUUGGAGGUUUGCUUGCUGGCUUUGCCUGAAUGAUUUAAUAUGAAACUGCAAAUAACUCCCUUUAUUCAUGAUCUCAGAGUUGCUAUAGUUCUUUAAUAAAUUCUGCUUCAUUUGAUUAUCAAGACUGGGACUAUUGUACAAUGUAAAAAUAAAUUAACUUGCGUGUGCCAUUCACAGCAGUCAAUUUAACAGCCUAAUGCUUCUGAUGAAGGCUGUUGCAGAUUGCAACUUUACUGUAUGUAUGAAUAUGAAAGAGUAAGUGACUUUUCUGUCGUAGCACAGUAGGUCUGUAGGAGAAGCUAGACUAGCAUGCAGCUUCCUAAUUCUCAGCUUGUAGGCAGCUGAAGUUGGUGCUCCAUUCUCUAGAUAAUCCUAACCUUUCUCCCAGGGGUUUGAAGGCGGCAGGAGCAAAACCAUUGUGAAGACACCUUGCAGUUCUCCAGAACAUCUUGCCUGCUGCAGUGGAUAAUUAAUGAAUAUUUGCAACCCUGCUGUUCCCACUCCCCAAAACCUCUUUAACAGAUAUACAUUCCUUAAAGAGUCUGAGCUUAAACAUCAGCUUUGUAUUUGCAAUCAUGUUCAUGUUGGCAAAUGUCCCAAGACAGAUUGUGUUCAUGUGCUUGUUUCCUGGUCCUCUCUCAGUUAUCAUUCUAACAGCAAGAGCAAUAUCAGGGUAGCCAUGUUCCAGGUUCCAGUGAAUUUCCUGGACACAAUUUUCUAGCUUCAGUGGCUUUUGUUAAAGAAGACUUAACAUUAGCUCCAUAACUUAUCAUGAUGCUUUAGGAGUAAAGUCACCACAUACUAUAUGAAGAGGAAGAAAUAUGGAAAGGGCUGUUUUGUCAGAGGCUUUGAAUGUGUGUAUCUGUUUGUAAAUGUAUAGUCCCUCUCUAUCUUGUCAAAAUGAUGCAGUCAUAAUAAAACUGCUUAAAUAUUUUGUGCUAGUUUUUAAAAUGAAAUAAGAUAGUAAAAUUACUAGGCAUACAAUUGGGGACAUAUAAAAAUACUGAAUUUCUAGUAAAGCAUACAAUACACAGUGUAUGUGUACAGUUGAAUAUCUGCUCUUUUUAAUCAUGAUGUACAUGUAAUUAAACCCUGCGCUACCUGCAGAACUGUGAGAAAAAACUCAUGUUGGUUAUUAAGGUUGUAACAUAAGAAAACAGUAUUUUCUCCUGUUAAUAUGUUUAUAUUUUACAAAAAAUAAAACUCCCUAGCU